UAUCCAGUCUUAUCUUGAGCUACUAAACUAUAAUUAUGAAAGAAGUUCUGCAAUAUUGACCUCAUAUUUCUUUAUCCAAAAUAUUGUUGACAUAAAUAGCUGGAAAAAAAAUCAGUCUUAAGAAAAACAGCAUCAGAAAAAACUCUCUCGUACCUGAUGCUUUAAGCGAUAUUUUCAUUUGGAGGAGAAUUCAUCUGUAGUUAUGUUUUAAAGGUGUUUUCCAUAUCAUAUGAGGUUCAAAACGAGGGAUUUGGAAACCAUUGCGGUAUGUUUGGCUUCAAGUUAAGUUUGGUUAAGCGAAGCACUCCUUUUGAAACAUAAAUCCCUAGAGAUUGGCGGCGUUAUCAAGCGUCCUACAUUGGGAGUUGUAUACAACUUCAUUACGUUCCUUUUAAGACAGGGCUAAAGUUUAUUUUCUGCGCAGCUUCAGUUUGAUUACCGCAGAGCCCCUUAGUCUCAAUUGAAGCUGCGAAAGUGGACUUACUCCCAUGUUUGAAAAAGGCGCAAACAGUGGUUUAUUAGAUCAGUGAAAACCCACCAUGAGCAGGCAUGCAAAAGUUUCCCUUCCCUGCGUUUGGAAUGAAAUCAGAGGUUGUCGGUGCUAUGCUAUUUUAAUGACAAAACAUUAUUGGAUAAAGGACAAUGCUAAUUACUCCAGCAUAUUCUAUUGGUUGCUCACACCUUGUUCUGUCAAACUUCAUUUGGAACGUGCUCUCACGCAUGCGUAAACACCCGUGAUCCCAUGUGCUGUUUGAUUAAUAACCCGAGAUGUUAAUUUGGAUGAGAGUAUUUGGUUGAUCGUGGCUUGCUAUGAACUUGACCAAGAUCUGGAACUUGAAGUGAAGAAGGUUACCCCUCAGAAUUUCUGGUGAUAGCCAUGCAGAGUUCUGGUGAAAUGAUGGUUGAGAGAUCGAAGCCUGCUAGCGCAGAGCAAAUUACAAGCACUUCAGGCACUGUUGAUUUAAUCCCAUCAUCACACAGCGAACUUCUUCAGUCUUCUACGAUCCCAAUGCCUUUGAAAUCGUCCCCUGCUCCGAGCCCAGUAGAUUGCGAGCUGGAAGAGGCAGAUAACCCCAACGCAGGCCUCGAGCAAGCCUUGCAGUCGUUCGUAAGCAAAGAAAUUCAAGAGCGGAUUCAAAAAAUAUUGGAAGAAGUGCAACAGCUGUCAGAUACUGAAAAAUUGUUGCUUUACCUUCGACUACCUGGAGAGACAGCAACAGAUGCCAAAGAUGACUUUGAUAACAAUCAAGCUCUUCCCAUCUCCACAACAAGAGCAGAGCAAACACAAGCUUUUCAUUGGAUUCGCUGUCAUUUGGAGGAGUGUGAUAAUAACUCUACCCUUCCAAAACAUGAGGUUUAUGAUGAAUACAAAGCCCAUUGUGAGAGCAUGAAUGCUGCACGAACAUUGAGCGCCCCUGACUUUGGGAAAAUAAUCAAGUGUGUGUUCCCAAGAGUAAAAGCAAGAAGGCUUGGUACACGAGGCAAUUCCAAGUACUGUUACAGUGGAAUCCAGAGAAAAAAGAAUGUCAAGCCACCCACCCUCCCAGCCCUUCAAAUUCCUUCACCCAGUGAAAAAGAAAAGAGUUCAAUGAAUGCGGCAAACAACCUAGCAGGAGGUGACAAAAUUGAAGAGGAUCAAACUUUGUCAGCUGCUUGUCUACUUGUAUGCGAAUGGGCAAACAAACUUCUUGGUCGAGUGUUCAGUACUCUCAUUGAAUUGGCCAAGUUUCUUGUUAGCGGCAGUUAUGUCUCUAGCAAAUCUAUGGCAGCAUAUGUUGUACUCUCUGAUCUUAACACCCCUCAAGUGGGCCACUCAUCAGUGUCAUUGAUUGCACCUUUAAAGCAAGUAGAGGAGCAACUGGUGCUGACACAUAAACGGCGACAGUCACAACAGUUACCUAAGAAAAUUCCUCAGCGACAACAGCAAAAGCAGAUUCAACAAAUCCCCGUAAACUCUAUGCUACAGCAAGGGCAAGCUUUGUGUAGUGCUCCACAACAGCUUCUUAAUUUUAAGACACUGGUCAGUAUAUCAGGUCAGCCAAAGCCAGUUCACAUUCAACCCAAACCAAUACAGCCAUCACUUCAAAGCCCCCCUGCUCAGAUGGGACAGUUUUACCAACAACAGCAACCUGGUGGUAACCCGACCACCCCUCCCAGUGGGUAUCCAACAAAGAUAAGACCCAUUACUCCAUCCAUGAUAUCCCCCACCACACCCAUUCAACCUGCUGGGCCUCAAAUAACAUCACCUUUUCAGUCAUCUCCUAAGUUCAAUGCCCCAGGCACACCUCAAAACCAUCCAGUUACUCCAAGCUCUGCAAGCGCAACUCCAAGACACACUCCAAACUCAGCUGAGCCAACACGCUUUCUUUUCACGCCAAUUCCGAAUAGUUCCCAAGAGCAGAGGGUCACCAGGGGGGAGACAAGUCCUCCUACAUUGCGGCCUACUGCCACUCACCCUAGCCAGUUGUUGAAUGGAGACUGGUCCCAACAAGCAGUAUCACAGCUGGGAGUGAAUGAUGUGCCAAUGUCACCCAGUAAACAACCACGUCUGAUAAAUCAGAACCCACCCUCCACUCCGACAUCCAAUCGCAGACCUGGUUCAUUUGCCUACCCCUUGCCAUCACCAAGGACACCUCAGCGCAUUGCACCACAGCAGUUUGUUACUUCUCCAACAAUGGCCUCUCCAGGGUGUGGUCGGCAGCUGAACCCCAUUUCUCCCAGUGUCACACAGAGGGGACAAGAAUUCAUGCUUCCUUUAGGGAUCAACAAUACAGAGAAUGUGGCUCAAACAGGCUUCACACAAAGUGUGAACAUGACAAGUCCACCAUCAUCUGAUGGUGAUGGGCAUAUGUCUCAGCAACAGUCUAAGCAGGGAAGUUCAGGAAUUAUUGCAAAAUCAUGCAGAUACAGUAGUACACCAGAUAAUGGACACAUUUCACAAGCAUCUAUCAUGCAGACAAUGGAUUAUUCUCCAGAACUGGAGUCAAUCUGUAACCAAGCCACAACUUCUUCAGGGCAGAUGCCUCCACCUUCAUAUCAACGAAGCCAAUCAGUUCCUCCCUUAACACAGCAUGCACUGACAGAUCAGAGAUUUCAUCCCUUAACUCCACAGAGUAAUUCACGCCCUCGUCACCUGACUCCAUCACCCAUGGAGACACAGUCAAAUCAACAUCUGAAUGGGUUAAAGGAGCUCCGCAACAGAGUUCUCCAUGGUGAUGUCAAUAACAACGGGUCAAGGCCAACUCAAGACAGUGCUUUUUCUGCACGAAGAAACCUUACAACUAUGCUCAGUGCUGAACAAUCAAAUGUAACUGCUUCGAACUGGGGCGUGCCCCAAGUGAGGACAAGCAACAACUCCAGGGUUGCAGAAGACCAUGAAAUGACAAUACUUGAUGCAGGCUUGACAUUUGCAGAUCUCAAUCAUGAAAAUGACGAGACCCUGUCCGAUCUGAAUACACUGGAUGAGGCUACAACAGAAGCAGUAUUAAGGAACAUUUGUAAUAAUACCUCAGGGGUGUGGCCAACUAGUGAUGUCCAUACAUGGGGAGGGUCACAGGCGCUGGAAAUCAUGGAUUAAGAAAAAACUCACCACUUUCUGAAUAAAAAUCUAGAUAUAAGAAUAUAACGAAAGAGGUCGUACCAUUUUAUUUCUAUUUUCUGGCUGGAUUUGUAAAGAAAAGUAGUUCAACUCAGUGUUAGCUGAUAUCUUGUUAGUUUCAGUAGUUAGUAAAAUUGUUGCCAAUAUAGUUAUCAGCCUGAGUGACUGAUGACUGGCUUCUAUACGCGACAAUUUCUCAUCGGCAAAACACACAAUGAAACACCCUGCUUUGACUGUAGGAUUACAAAAUUAACAACCAUGAAAACAUAAUUUGCCCUGAAAUCUUUAUCAGUGCAAAACAAUUUGUUUUGCCAACUUGGAAUAAAAAUUUUUAAAGUGUAAUAUAUAUUUUCUUACAUGUACCAAGCACUUUUUUUUUACUUUUUCAUUACGAAAUUUAUAUGCGUGAGUACAUUAAUUAAAAUGAAAAAUUUAUUUAA